AUGGAGUUCUUGUUUAUAUUAGUUCUUCUUUUAGUUAUUUGUGGUGGGGCAGAUAAUUAUUCUCUUAGUCCUACAUACAAUACUAUUUGCAAGCGAACUGGUGGCUCUAUAACAUGUUACCAAAAUAACACCUGGGGCUUUAAUGAAUAUGAACGAAAAUGCUAUUUGGUGCCUCAUAAAAAGGAGCCUUGCGGAUUUUUCGAUGGCGAAAAAGGAUGCAAAGACUUUUGUCUCGGAAAAUUUAAUAGAAAAAAAAUUAGGAAUUAUACACGUUUCUUGCAAAGAAAAUAA